AAAGAGGUCUCGCUGGCCAACGUCGAGAAUUGCGUCGAUCCAGUUGGUGGGGUCCUCGAUGUCUUUAGCGGUGCUCGAAUUCAUCUUCCUCAACAUGGCGUAGACUUCAUAGCACAAUUUCUUGGCCUCCAAUGCUCUCCAUCACCAUCAUUGUUACGGUAUUUUGCCCACCGAAGUUGGAGUAGGAAGGGGGCGAAGCCGGCAGCGCCUACCUGUGGGAGGGCUCGUGGUGAGACCGUGAGAGGUUAGUGGGAGCCUAACGUGGCAACCAUCAACACUAGUAUGUGUGUGCACAAGGUCAGGGAAGAAUGGUUGGAAGGAGUAGGCCAGAUUGGAACCACUUCUCGUUGCAAGAUAGAGCUCGAGUUGGGCCCAUUUACCAGUCAAAUAGAGGAAUUUGAUAUAGUAUGCUUUUGGGUGAGAAACAGAGAAAGAGAGAGUUUGUUUUUCUGUGUUUCAAACGAGCAGGGGCAUCUUCAAUAGUUGUGAGAUAGUUGUUGGUAAAACUUGCCACCUAGGAUUGAUGAUGUGUCAUAUAAUAAAUGAGGACAGAGAGCAAAGUUGUAUGGAGAUGAACCAACAACCCUUGCACAAGCUCCAAAGUGAAAUGUGAGAGUAACCUUAUACAUUCUCUCACCUUCUAUUGGGUAAACUAAAUCCACUCCAUUGAAUAGUUGUAUGAUAAGUUGUUGGUUGAUGACAUGAUCAUAUUUACCAACAAACUAGCAUACAACCUAUUGGAGAUGCUCUAAACAAAGGAGGAACGGUCCACAAAUUGCCUUAGUUAUGGUCAAACGACUUUGGCCAGACGAAAAUGAAACGAAAUUUCACCCGGUUCCUGGAGUGCGUUCAACUAUGCAACCCGGUAGUGAAAUUAAACAAUGUCCGAGAAUCUGAUCUGUAUGUAAUACCUCCAUGCUUAAGCAUUGGAGAUUUUCUUUUGUUUUCUAUUUUAUCUAUCUAAUGCUCCAUCACUGUCAGCGUACAUCAGCACAGGUAUGAAAGCAAUUACAGGUGGCAGCUCUUUCAAAUAAAUAAAUAAAUACAGGUGACAACUUCCUGUUAUUUAUCAGACAUACAUUCCCUCCGUUUUUAAUUAUAAGAUGCUUUAGAUAUUGCAAUAUGGACUACACACGGAUAAAAUGAGUAAAUAUACAUACUAAAACGCCCUAGAUGCAUACGAAUCUGAGAAAAUAGAGAAAAAAAAUUAAAACAUCUUAUAUUUAGAAACAGAGGGAGUACUUCUCAGUUCUCACGAUGGCAGCAACGCUGCCUGCAUUUCUUUCUUGAGGUUAGUUAAUGAUAUUCUAUUAGCUCUGAACAUGGUUCACAUUUUGACUUGUGCAAUUUCCUAGAAAUGGUUGAUUGGAUCUCUAAGUCUGUCGAUCUGUCCUAUUUUUUUAUUACAAAAUAUGAAUUUCUGUACUUUGACAGUUUGACUUGACUAACUUCUUUCAGCUGGCGUCACAAGCAUAUGUACUCCAUCUGUUUUUAUUUACUCUGCAUAUUAGCUUUGACUGAAGUCAAACUAUAUAAAGUUUGGCCAAGUUUGUAGAAAACAAUAUGAACAUUUAAAAUAACAAAUCUAUAAGAUAUGAAAAUAUAUUCAAUGGUGAAUCUAAUGGUAUUGAUUUGGUGAUGUAUAUGUUAAUAUAUUUUUGUACAAACAUGGUGAAAGUUUAUAAAGUUUGAGUAUAGACAAAGCUAAUAUGCGGAGUAAUAAAAAUGGAGGGAGUAUAUUCUUUUCCGCUCUUCACUGGCUACUCCAUUUACUGUUUCUCUCGCAUUGACUAGAUAAAGCAAAUUCAUAGUAGGAACGCCUGAAUUUCACAGGAAUCUGAAAAGAAAAAAGACCCCAUAUCCCAAAUUCCAAAUGACAUAAUUCGGAGACGCAAACCUUCGCCUAACAGAUUAGUCAGUAGCAAGCAACAACAUGUUUUGUGUGAUCGAAACACCCUAAAAGCAUGUUCUACUUCUGUUCAGGUUGUACCUUGGAAGGACAAGUCACAGUUAGGUACCUUUGGCGCAGUAAAUAUAGUGAAGAAACAAAGACUGCUAAUGGAAUGAAACAUGCAGCGGCACAUGAAAAAAAUGACUCCCUUUCCACAAUGUUGCAAAAAAGUACAAAAUACAUAUCUUUAGCAAAGAAGAAACUGGAGAUCAAAUUCGAGUCGAUGAAGAAUUGACCUCUGAUUUGUACAUCCACUCCACACAAAUGAGCUAGUCAUACUACCUAUAUUGCAACAUGGCAAACAUACUUCAUACCAGUGGAAAAUGCGCAGACUGAAUGGUGCAAAAUAUUCUUUGAAGGAUUGGGACUAAUAAGGAAGAUUAUCGGUCAUCUCAAGUGACCUCACCGCAUAAAAACAAAGCAUGUCUUGGCCUAUCAAGUCAGGGUGAUAUCGAGUAAAGGUAAAACCGACCAGGCAAGUUAUCCAAAAAAAUAUACAAAAUGCGUGCAUCUAAACGACGAACUAGUGCUAAAUAAAUGCAUAGCGCAGGUUCCUUGUCUCACUUGGUCUUCUGCCAAUCCAUAAGAAUACCAUAUAUACCAACAUCACACUUAAGGUAUGUUUGGAAUGCAGGAAUCACAAAAAUGUUAUGUUUCCAGUGUUCUCCAUUUGGCUUGUUCUUUCUUGGACCAACUAAAUGAUUUUUGGGUAAUAAAUUGAACGAAUUACAACCUAUGGACAUAAAACUCACGUUGUAACAUUUGCGGUUAAUUUUCUUAUCAUCUUCUGCAGGAAGAGAUUAACAGGAAAAUGAGUCUUAAGGUGUCUCCAGAAGACACCCUUACCUAAGGGGUGUUCUCUCAUCACCUUGUAUUGGUUCGGCCGUGUUGCUUUAUAUAUAAAGCAGGGCGAAAGCCUUUUUCGGUAAGGGGUGUUCUCUGUGAUAUCAAUUCGUCCAUGCAUAUAAAACUGCAACCAGUGCUCGAAGCACUUACCAGAGCUAGCUGAGGGAGCUGCUUACACUUGGAAGGGAGGAAGGGCAUCGUCCAUCCAUCACCAUGGCAACACGGCCGGGACCUUUGACCGAAUGGCCAUGGCAGUGCAUGGGAAGCUUCAAGUACCUGGUCUUGGCGCCUGCGGCGUUGCACACUGCGCACAGGGUGGUCACCAAGGGGUGGGGAGACAUGAGCCUGGCAUACGCCGCCAUAUUACCAGCUCUGCUGCUGAGGAUGAUCCACAACCAGAUCUGGAUCAGCUUGUCUCGCCACCAGACCGCACGCAGGAAGCACAUCAUAGUCGACCGUGGACUUGAAUUCGACCAGGUGGACCGGGAGAGUUCCUGGGAUGACCAGAUCAUCUUCAAUGGGUUGUUCUUCUACCUGGCCUACGCAGCUGUCCCGAAUGUCAGUCGCAUGCCCGUGUGGAUAACAGAGGGAGCCAUCAUCACCGCCUUGCUUCACAUAGGACCUGUCGAGUUCCUCUAUUACUGGUUCCACAGGGCGCUGCACCACCAUUUCCUCUACUCCCGCUACCACUCACACCACCACGCCUCCAUCGUCACAGAGCCCAUUACCUCUGUCAUCCAUCCAUUUGCUGAACAUGUGGUUUAUUUCCUGCUUUUUUCGAUCCCCAUGAUGACACCAAUUUUUAUGGGGUGUGGUUCUGUCCUGGCUGUUGUCUUGUACAUCACGUACAUUGACUUCAUGAACAAUAUGGGGCACUGUAAUUUUGAGCUGGUGCCAAAGCACAUCUUCCAUGUCUUCCCUGCUCUCAAGUACCUCAUGUACACUCCCUCGUUUCAUUCUCUACAUCAUACACAGUUUCGUACAAACUACUCGUUGUUCAUGCCGUUCUAUGAUUACAUAUACAACACCAUGGACAGCUCAACUGACGAGCUGUAUGAGAGAACACUGAAAGGAACAGAAGAAACACCAGAUCUUGUCCACUUGACGCAUAUGACCAACUUGCGAUCGACUUAUCAUCUUAGGGUUGGGAUUGCCUCUAUAGCCUCCAGACCAUCGGAAAGCCCUGUAUGGUAUAUGUGGAUGAUAUGGCCAGUGGCAUGGCUGUCAAUGGUACUGGCAUGGGUUUAUGGAUCUUCUGCGUUUGUGAUUGAAAGUCUCACACUGAAGAAGUUCAAGAUGCAAACAUGGGCAAUACCAAGAUACAACUUCCAUUAUGGCUUGAUUUGGCAGAGAGAAUCCAUCAACAGCUUAAUUGAGAAGGCAAUACUAGAUGCUGAUGGAAGAGGGGUCAGAGUGCUUAGUCUAGGACUGUUAAAUCAGGCAAAACAACUCAAUGGAAGUGGUGAAUUAUUUACACAAAAGUAUCCAAAAUUAAGAGUUCGUCUUGUUGAUGGAAGUGGCUUAGCAACUGCAGUGGUGCUCAAGAGCAUCCCUUUAUAUACAAAGCAAGUUUUUCUGUUUGGAAGCAGUUCUAAGGUAGCCCAUGCCACAGCUACAGCUUUAUGUAAGAGAGGUGUCCAGGUAAUCAUGAACCAAAAGAAUGAAUAUGACAUGCUUAAAUUGCGGGUUCUAGAGAGCAGCACUGCCUAUCUGAAAUUCUCCAGUGAUGAAAUACCCCAGAUCUGGAUAGGAGAUAUCAUAGAUGAUAAACAACAAAGGAGGGCACCAAGUAGAACAAUAUUUAUUCCUACAUCACAGUUUCCCCUUAAGAAGACACGCAAGGAUUGCACUUACCUGAGUACCCCAGCAAUGAAAAUCCCGGAGACGAUGCAGAACGUCCAUGCCUGUGAGAAUUGGCUUCCAAGAAGGGUGAUGAGCGCAUGGCGCAUUGCUGGGAUAAUACAUGCUCAGGAAGGUUGGAACAUGCAUGAGUGCGGAGAUGAUAUGAUGGACAUCGAAAAGGUUUGGUCGGCGGCUAUUAGGCACGGAUUCAUUCCUCUGUCAAAAGCUUGA